AGAGGAGGAAGCGACCACAUCCAACAAGUGGCACAGCAGGUCUCACUACAGGGAAGGCGAACUGGUGUCACCUGAGAUCUAUCUCUAACAAAGGGGGUCCAAGUGAUCCUUCGCUUUCUCUUUGGAGAGGACACUGGAUAGUAUCCAGAAAAGCAGGUGAAUUCUGAGAAGGAAGCAGGUUCCUUUCUCCUUCCCUAUGGUUUACUCGAUUAUCCAACGUGUGAUGAGCCAGCAGCAUAUCCUGUUGUGAGGACUGCUUUUUAAUAAAUAGUAAUUAUCUCUGUGAUCAUUGUCCUCCUCCUCCUCCUCAUCUCCAGGAUGGUAUUUCCAGACAGGAGGGGUGUUCGUGUUGAUUUUCCUGCCUCUCUCCUGCCCUGUCCUCCACAGCCACCCACUCCUGUGCAAUAAAAAGAGGCUGCAGUUCCUGCUACUUGUUUGUAUGAAGUGGGAGCUAAUUGGAGAACCUGCAGAGUGGGAGCUGGCUCUUUACUGCUAUAACUUUUUCCCCCAGACACCUGGUGGACUACAAAGACCCAUUUUGGGGUGGUUUUUGGCGAUCUUUGUGGAUGAUUGUUCCUUUACGUCCUGAAUCUGUUGAAUUGAAGAAACCAUUGAUUUCUUGUUCCUGCCUGGUUUAUGUGAGGGGCUUUAUAUUGUAUUGGAUCUGGAGGAAGAGAGAAUUCAGUUUUAAGCUUUGGUAGUUAAAUUCAUUUUUAUUUUAUUUUUGAUAUAUUCUUCCUAGUCCUCUCUCUGUAUUGUAGCAGAAAUUUGGAUACGAGUUUUGGGACACCUGCUUCAUUCAGUUGGCUGGGAAGUGGUGGGACGGGAGAUUUGUGCAGAUCACACAUUAAGAGCACCCAGAGCUCCCGGAGCUGUACUAUAGAGAGGAGCACCGCAGAGCUCCCCGGAGCUGUACUAUACAGAGGAGCACUCACUCACCGUGCACCUCAGAGCUCCCUGCACUCUAUAGAGGUGCACUCACACUCGCUGGCUAUCUAUUUAUUAUCCAGGAAGAGGAGGAGAGGGUGAAGAGGGAGGAGGAAAGCCCAGCGGGGAGGAGGUGAAAGAUGAUGUUGCGGUUUCUGCGGAGGACCUUUGGUCGGCGGUCGAUGCAGCGGCACGGAGGGAGAGUUGCUGGCGCGGGUCGUGGCCCCGGUUUCCGGGCUAGAGAUGAGCGGGAUGGAGGAGCUGCCGCCCCCGGGGUUGGGAUUCUAUACACCCACUCGACCUUGCUGCCACCCCCAGUGGUCAGUGGUGGAGCCACAGUGCAUAUCCCGGCAGCAGGGGACAGCAAGUCCGUGCUCACCUGUAAGGUGCAUCUCCUAGAUGGGACAGAUGUCAGCGUGGACCUGCCGAAACAUGCCAAAGGACAGGAUUUACUCGACCAGAUUGUUUACCAUUUGGAUUUAAUAGAAACAGAAUAUUUUGGCUUGCAGUAUAUGGAUGCUUCCCAGGUGAUGCAAUGGCUGGAUUACACAAAACCUAUUAAGAAACAAAUAAAAUCUGGACCUCCCUAUAUUUUGCACUUUCGAAUAAAGUAUUAUUCAUCUGAACCAAACAAUCUGCAUGAAGAGUUUACAAGGUAUCUGUUUGUAUUACAGCUCAGACAAGAUAUACUUUCUGGAAAGUUGAAAUGCCCAUAUGAGACUGCUGUAGAACUGGCAGCGUUAUGCUUACAAGCUGAACUUGGAGAGUGUGAGCAUCCAGAGCACAGCCCAGAGCUGGUGUCAGAAUUCCGCUUCAUUCCAAAUCAAACAGAGACCAUAGAACUGGACAUCUUUCAGAAGUGGACAGAAUGCAGGGGGAAGACUCCAGCGCAGGCAGAACUCUGCUACCUGAAUAAAGCGAAAUGGUUAGAAAUGUAUGGUGUCGAUAUGCAUAUAGUAAAGGGCAAAGAUGGAUGUGAUUAUGCUCUUGGAUUGACACCAACUGGCAUUUUAAUAUUUGAAGGCACAAACAAAAUAGGCUUAUUUUUUUGGCCUAAAAUUACUAGAAUGGACUUCAAGAAAAGCAAGCUAACUCUUGUUGUUGUAGAAGAUGAUGAACAGGGUAGAGAACAGGAGCAUACGUUUGUUUUCCGCUUGGACAACUCCAAAGCAUGUAAACACUUAUGGAAAUGUGCAGUUGAAAAUCAUGCUUUCUUCAGGCUUCGAACACCGGCAAAUAGUAAACCCAACCGAUCUGACUUUAUGAGAUUGGGAUCACGGUUUAGAUUCAGUGGCCGUACGGAAUACCAAGCAACCCAUGCUGGACGAUUGCGAAGAACAAGCACAUUUGAAAGGCGACCCAGCAAACGAUAUCCAUCAAGAAGGCAUUCAACCUUCAAAGCAAACAAUGCCAUGAAGCCUCCUCAGCACUGCAAUAAAAAUAAUCCUGACAUCCAGAGCUACCAGCCCCAGUACCAUCCAAAUAUACAGCAGAGUCAGCCACACUGGCACCCCCACAGUUCACCCAGUAUCAGGCCAUCUCCUCAGGAUGACAGAUCAUUUUGGAAGCAAGGCCCCGGUGGAGAUAGCAGAAAUACACGAUACAUCCAUGAUCAGAACCAGAAGAAUUUGGUCAGUGUUCCAACCGUGAUCUACCAAGACAAACUCAUGACAACUCUUUGAGAAUUAGCUCCAUCUAACUCCAUCUGCCAUUCUAGCUCUCCAUUGCAUUACAUGAACUCAUGUGUCUGUCAGUCAUCUGAAAUGUGUUGUUUGAAAUGCUAACUGCUUUCACAUCAUCUGAAUGUGUCUUGUUUGAAACGCAAACCACUUUCACAUCUGUUAAGUCUGCAGGUCUGUACAGUAUGUUAAAGAUAUUAUAAACCGUUUUCCCUCAUUAUAUAGGAGAAAGCAGGAACAUUUUAAGUCAUUGUGACUGUAGUAGUAAUUGUUCCAAAACAAAAUUAUUAUUGUAUCUCUCCUUUUUUUUUUCUUUUC